AUGGAUAUUCACCAAAGACACCCGCAGGCCGUGGUCCUGCCAGUUCUAUCUUUUUCCUCCAUUGCUCUGGCUAUUCCGCCAUUAAUCUUGCAUGGAAAGAACCGCAAUUUCCCUGCGAGCAGUCUGAUAUUCUGGUCAAUCCUCCUCAACUUGUUCAACAUUAUCAAUGCUCUCAUAUGGCCCACGAACGAUGUGGCGUCGUGGUGGGACGGGUCUGGUCUCUGCGAUAUCGAGGUCAAGUUUAUGGCUGCCGGAUAUCUGGGUAUCCCAGGAAGCCUAGUAUGCAUCUUUCGAAGUCUUGCAAUUGUACUGGAUACAGAUCGGGCCACAUUAGUCCCGAGCAAAGGUCAACGCUGGCGCAAUCAGUUCAUGGAGAUUCUGUUCUGCAUCGUUGUUCCAAUCACCGCAAUGAUCACACACAUAAUCUGGCAGAAGAGCCGAUACAUGCUAUUUACCAUCUCGGGAUGUGUGAACAACUUCGACGAAAGCUGGGUCAGUCUCGUCUUUGCAUGGAUCUGGUCGCCGAUUAUCUGCCUCAUUGCAGCAUACUAUUGCUGCCUGGUCCUCAUCCGCGUACACAAGUACAGAAGCGACUUCGCAAACAUUCUCCUCGCCUCCAGCAGCAAUCUCAGCAAAUCCCGCUUCCUCCGCCUCUUCUUCCUCGCUCUAUCAAUGCUCGUUUGUAUCCUCCCACUACAAGGAUACCUCGUCUACAGCGACAUUGUGCUCUCCCUCCCCUGGCACAAGUACUCCUGGAGCAGAAUCCACAACGGAAAAUGGAACACCAUCGAAAAGAUCCCCCUGGAUGGCACCGUGUUCUUUGACCGCUGGCUCUGCGUGGCAUCAGGCUUCAUGAUCUUCAUCUUCUUCGGGUUCGGCCGCGACGCAACACGCAUGUACCGCACAGUCUCCUGGUACCUAGGACUGGGCUACUGCUUCCCGAGCAUACAGCCACCAACAGAUACACACAGUGCCGCUCCUUCCCCCAGGCAUGCCUCAACAGCAACUACCCUCGUCGGUAGCAUCGGAUCUCGUACGAAAUCGCUGUUAUCGCGCCAGAAGGAGUCCAUCGCUACUUUUGUCUCGACACAUGGCACAUACAACGAUCUUGAGAAGGGUACAUCUUCGCGCUUGUCCCGUUAUAGCGACGGCAGGUCGACCAAGAAGUCAGGAUGGAGUAGCUUGCCCUGGUCUCUCUUUAACAGACGUCAGACUCGUCAGGAUAUUGAUGGGACUCUGCUGGAUGAUCUCCCCGGCGGUACCUUGCAGACUGUUUCCACUAAUGCUUGGGCUAGUCACCGUGAUAGUCGGGAGUUGUCCAGUGAGCCUACUUCGCCAGAGCUUAAUAAGGAUUUCAUUCACGUGCGGCAGGUUAUUAGCCAGCAGAGUGAGGUUAGGGCUCAGGUCUGA